CGUGGCGCGGGGCGUGGCGUGGGCAGGGAGGUGUCCGGAGCGGCCGUGGCGGAGCGGGUGUGAGGCCGUGCGGACCUCGAGCAGCGCUGCCGUCGCCAUGCCCGGGCCCAACCCCAGCGCUACCAGCGUCGGCUCCUCCGGCCGCUCCCCCAGCAAGGCCGUGGCUCCUCGCGCGGCCGGAUCCACUGUCCGGCAGAGGAAGAAUGCCAGCUGCGGGACGAGGAGUGCAGGCCGUGCCACUUCCACGGGCACUGGUGGGAUGUGGCGAUUCUACACUGAGGACUCUCCAGGGCUCAAAGUUGGGCCUGUUCCAGUUUUGGUCAUGAGUCUUCUUUUUAUUGCUUCUGUGUUUAUGCUGCACAUCUGGGGUAAAUACACUCGAUCAUAGACUCUGCUGCCAGCUUAAAGCAUACAUCUUGGACCAAAAAUAUGGUGGAUCCUGGUUGUUCUUGGAGAGAGAGUGAGGAAGCUUCUUAUCACCCGUCACCUUUGGCUCUAAAUCCAAGUGAAUUUUUCAGUUCUCUACUUGGGCAGGUUUAAAGUCUUAUGGGUCAUUUUAUAUUUGUAUCUGUACACCUAGAAAACAGGUAUUGCAAUAAAAGUUGUAUAUGGAAAUGGAAACA